AUGCGCGAGAUUGUGCUCGUCCAGGCCGGCCAGUGUGGCAACCAGGUCGGCGGGAAGUUCUGGCAGGUCAUCAAUGAUGAGCACGGAAUCCUCCCGGAUGGCAGUUACCAGGGAGACAAUGACUUGCAACUACAGAGGAUCAAUGUCUACUAUAAUGAAGCUGCUGGUGAGGACUGCGGGGAGGGAAACAGGUAUGUCCCUCGGGCUAUCCUGGCGGAUCUGGAACCAGGCACCAUGGACUCAAUCAGAUCUGGGCCAAUUGGCAAGAUAUUCAGGCCAGACAACUUUGUAUUCGGCCAGAGUGGUGCCGGCAGCAAUUGGGCCAAGGGUCACUAUACAGAGGGUGCAGAGCUGGCAGACUCGAUCCUGGAUGUAGUCCGGAGGGAGUCUGAGAGCUGUGACUGUCUGCAAGGCUUCCAGCUGACCCACUCACUGGGGGGCGGCACUGGCUCCGGGAUGGGCACCUUGCUCAUGGACAAGAUUCGUGAGGAGUACCCUGACCGCAUCAUGAACACCUUCAGCGUCCUGCCCUCCCCCAAGGUGUCAGACAAUGUUGUGGAGCCCUAUAAUGCCAUCCUUUCCAUCCAUCAGCUGGUGGAGAAUUCAGAUGAGACUUUCUGUAUUGAUAAUGAAGCCCUGUAUAACAUCUGCUUCCGCACCCUGAAACUGUCCACUCCCACCUAUGGAGAUCUCAACCACCUGGUAUCAGCCACCAUGAGUGGGGUUACCACCUGCUUGCGCUUCCCGGGUCAGCUUAAUGCGGACCUUCGCAAGCUGGCUGUGAACCUGGUGCCCUUCCCCCGGCUGCACUUUUUCAUACCCAGCUUCACGCCCCUGACCAGUCAGGAUAGCCGUCGGUACCGAGCCCUGACAGUGCCUGAGCUAGUCCAGCAAAUGUUCGACUCCAAGAACUUGAUGGCUGCGUGUGACCCACGCCAGGGCCGCUACCUGACCGCUGCUGCUGUCUUCAGGGGCCACAUGUCCAUGAAGGAGGUGGACGAGCAGAUGCUGAAUGUGCAAAACAAGAACAGCAGCUACUUCGUGGAGUGGAUCCCCAACAAUGUGAAGACUGCCAUGUGUGACAUCCCGCCUCGAGGCCUGAAGAUGUCAGCCACAUUCAUUGGCAAUACCACGGCUGCCCAGGAGCUGUUCAAGCGCAUCUUGGGGCAGUUCUCAGCCAUGUUCCGGCGCAAGGCCUUCCUGCACUGGUAUAUGGGUGAGGGCAUGGAUGAGAUGGAGUUCACAGAGGCUGAGAGCAACAUGAACGACCUGAUGUCUGAGUACCAGCAGUGGCAGGAUGCUAGGGUUGAAGAGCAGGGUGAGCUGGAGGAGGAAGAAAUAUAA